AUGUUCUUAGCACGGAGAGGAUUGAGGGUGCAGAGCAGCUCCAGCUCCAGCUCCAGCGAAGAGGUCGGCAAGCUCGGCAAGUGGCUCAACGACUGUGUCAAGACCCUCGUUGCUCUUUGUGGCGGCACCCUCGAGAUUGGCCCCAUGUUGGCUACACUCAACGGUCAGAACGCCGACGCCAACUCUUGCGACGCUGGCAAGAUCAGCAGCAGCUCUGAUGGCAACGACUCGCCUUCACAGACGAGCUCAUAUAGUUCUCAGACCAGCCCACCUCUCCCAGACCAGCCUACUAAUGUUCCCGUGACGGGAGCUGCAGCUAACCUGACGCCUCUUGGUUUUGCUGCUGUAGUUAUGGCUGUGGCCACUGCAGAACUAGUGUUGUAUAGAAACAUAGUUGGUAUAUAA